CGUAGAAUAAAUUAAGUGACGUCACGCAGUGUAGCCACCGGCGCGCCUUCUGGAGAGCGAAACGAUCAACCGCUGUGUUCACAUCAACAAGAGUGAAAUUGUGAAACGCCAUGGCUGCAGAUGAUAUAGGACAGUUAGCCGAUGCGCUGUCCAGGACCCACGUCGGAGAUGGAGAAUUGAGCUACCAAGGCCGAGGACUGAAGCUUGACAACGCAGAGUCAGUGGCAGGCUUGGUGACAGAGAUCGCUCAGUACCAGGGACUACGUGCCCUGCGUUUGGAAGGGAACACCAUUGGAGUGGAGGCGGCGCAAGCCAUCGCCAAAGCCCUUGAAGACAAAGACCAACUUCAGAAAUGCCAUUGGAGCGAUAUGUUUACCGGAAGGCUGCGUGCUGAGAUCCCGACAGCGCUGCGGUCCCUGGGCAGUGCCAUCACGAGUGCAGGGGCCCGCCUCUCAGAGCUGGACCUGAGCGACAACGCCUUCGGGCCGGACGGAGUGAAGGGCAUCGAGCAGCUGCUAAUGAGCUCCUCCUGCCACUCACUGAAGGUGCUCCGCCUCAACAACUGUGGCAUGGGCAUCGGAGGGGGCAAGAUCCUGGCAGAGGCUCUGACUGAGUGCCACAGACGUUCUUCAGCCCUGGGUGCUCCACUCAGGCUCCGGGUGUUUAUCGCUGGGAGGAAUCGCCUGGAGAACGAAGGAGCCAGUGCCCUGGCUAAGGCCUUUAAGCUGCUGGGCAGCCUGGAGGAGUUGCAUGUGCCCCAGAACGGCAUCAACCACCCUGGCAUCAGAGCGCUGGCUUCGGCCAUGCAGCACAACCCCCACCUCCGCGUGCUCAACCUCAACGACAACACCUUCACCAAGAGAGGGGCUCUGGCCAUGGCACAGGCUCUGAGGCAUCUGAAGAACAUCCAGGUGAUCAACUUCGGCGACUGUCUGGUCCGCACAGAGGGAGCCAUGGCCCUGUCCGCCUUUGUUGUAACACGGUUGCCGGGUCUGCAGGAGCUGAACCUGUCCUUUGGAGAGAUCACCGAGCCUGCAGCUCUGCUGCUGGCCCAGGCGGUGCUGAACAAGCCCCAGAUGGAGAAAGUGGAUCUCAACGGGAACUGUCUUGGAGAGGAGGGAUGCGAAGCGCUGAGGGAAGCCAUGGAGGUCAUGGACAAAGCGGACAUGUUGGCAUCGCUCAGCGACGAUGAAGGAGAACCCGAUGACGAGGAUGACAAUGAGGAUGACGAUGAUGAUAAUGAGACUGAUGAAGAUGACAACGAGACUUUUGAAGAUGAGGAGAAGGAGAAUCUGGAUGAGGAAGAGGAGCACAGCAAGGAAAACGGAGUGAACUGUAAUGGGAACUCACCCAGUAGCAAACUUCAGAGCCCCAUAGCAUCGUACCUCUGCAGCCCCUCUUCAGAGAAGGAGCUGGACCUUGAAGACAAGACCGCCAGCCUAGAGCACCAGGUGGACGCCGAUGACCCCGAGAGGGCGGCAGACGUGCUCCUGAAGAUCUCCGCCUCGUACAAGGAGGAGGCCGAGUCCGGGGAGGCCCUUCUGGAGGCCGUGGACGCCGUGCUGAAGACCAUGCUGUCGGCCUCGCUGCUUCAGUCCACCUGCUUCCUCUCCACCCUGCUGGUCCACAUGGGACUGCUUAAGCAGCCCUACUUCCAGCAGCACCACGCCCUGCUGCUGCACACGGUCCUCUGCAGGUGA